AUGAAACGCUCCCAUUGCUGUUUCCUGUGGAUGUCAUUUCUGUCAUCUCAAGGACUCGCCUUUGUCCCCCAAACUCUCCCAACGGAAUUUGUCACGGCUUUGUUGAAAAGCACCGUGGACCAAGAAGCUGUGGAAACGCCCUUGCUGGAAGACAGAAAAGGACACAUCAAUCCAGAACUAGCGCAACGUAUUUACAAAUGGGAGCGAGAGCAACGGCUGAACAAAAAUCUGCCACACCUGGAACACUCCACCCGCGACGGUCUUCGGUGGGUUCUAAAUUUGGUCAAUAAGCUGGAUCGCCUCAACCCUAAUGCUUCCAACAGCAAAGACAAGCACGAAGAUUUGGUUCAGGAGGGAGUUAUUGCACUCAUGCAAGCCAUGACGAAUUAUGAGGAUCAAGCGCGUCCGCAACAAUCCUUUGAGUCCUUUGCCAAGCAUUCCAUUCAAAAUGCAUUGGAAGAUUUCACUUGGGGCGUCAAGACUGCCUCCACAGGCGGACCACAAACCUCAAAGCCGGCGCUGAGUGUAGAAAGUACAGUAGAGAUUGCUGAUCCGUUAGAGACACAUUAUUCCAGUCAAGAAGAAUGGGAAAUCCGAGAACCGGAACAAGACUUUGUGGAUUCGUCAGUACGAUAUGAAGGGGAAGAUCAAAUGUGGGUUCAUCAACAACAAGUAGCGGCGCCCUUAAGAGAAAUAAUCCCAGACGGCGAUGAAGAGGAAGCCUUAUUUGAUGGGGGUGAAAGUAGUCUCGAUGAUCUGGCGCUGGCUGAUUUGAUUCGUUUCGAUGUGGAUGAAUUCUUGGCAACCACAUUGGAAGAGAUAGAAUCCCAAGUGAUACAAAUGCGAUUUGGGCUGGAUUCGGUCGAUGGCAUUCCCAAAACACAGAAAGAAAUUGCCUACGAGCUGAGUUUGACGCCGUCCAAGGUCCGAAAACUUCAAAAACAAGCGCUGGACAAACUUCGUGAGGUAUAUUCGAACAGAUACAUAAGUCAAGACGACGACGACCAUUACUGGCAAGACAGUGUAUAA